UAAUGGUCAAUUUUCAAGAGUUCCUCAAUAGCUUAGGCCAAAUCAAAUAGAUGGAAAUACCUUUUUAUUAUAGAAAUUAAUUCAAAAUAAAGGAAAACUUUAUUAAUCCAAAUAGCAAGCAUUUUGAUUAGAUUGCUUAAAAGUAAAUCAUAAUAUUCAUAAGACUCUUAUCAGAAGAUAAUAAAGGGUUAAAAAGAAAAUGGGAUAAAUAAUGCAAGAUGUUAUUUAUAUGGAUUAUUGUUAAAUACUUCUAAGUUAAAAAUAAAAAAACUAUCAAUCCCAAUUCAGAAGAAUGGAUGGAAUUAUCAGAAAUUUUCAAUUUUGAUGAAGUGACUAUGAAAUAAAGAUGGAUAACACUUAUAAACCCUAUGGCAAAAAGUUUGAAUUGGGAAACAGAAGAAGAUGAUAUAAUAAGAUCAUUGAUGAUGUAUAUUAUUAUCAGCUUAAAUUUCUUUAUUUUAGAUAAUAAGAAGAAAAACAUAUAUGGACAUAAAUUGCUUUAGAGCUUUAUAAUCAUAACAAUGGAUAAUAUGUUAGAACACCAAAAUAAGUCAGAGAAAGAUGGAUGAAUUAUUUAAAUCCUAAAUUAAACAAGUAAUUUUCAUUUUUAAUAAUUUAAUUAGAUCUAGUUGGACUGAUUAGGAAGAUAAUUAAUUAUUGUAAUUAGUAGUGAAUAAUGGUAAGAGAUGGUCAAUGAUAUCUACCUUAUUAUAAGGGAGAACUGAAAAUUAAGUGAAAAAUAGGUAUCAUUAAGUUUCCUACUUAAUUUAGAUUUAAGAGUCUAAUUCAUAAAAUUUAUAAAGAAGAAGAUGAUGAUGAUAUUGAAGAAUUGGCAGCCAUUAAAUAAUAUUUAUCUAAAUAAGCUAUUGAUUUUAUUAAUUAAGAUAAUCUCUUACUAAAAUCUACAAAAAAAGAAACUAAAAUAAAUAAUGAAGAAUCCUAAUCAAAUAGUGCUAAUAUAUCAAAAUCUAAAAAAAUACAAUAAAUCAAAAAUGUAGAACAAUAAGAAUAAUAAAGUUAAAUUAAAAAGAAAAAAAUUAAGGUUAUUGAGAAUCUAUAAGUAAAAUAAGAAAUUGAUGAAAAAUUAUAAUCUUAAAUUUAAUCACUCAAUCAAUAAUUUUGCUUAUCUACAUAUGGAAAUUGUGAUACUUAAAGUUAAGAGAAUAGAAAAGGUAUAUCAAGUUCUCAUUCUAUAGGAUCCUUAAUUAAUCAAGAAUUUGAAUGCAAAUCCUAAUAAUAAAUUUAAUCCUAAUCCAAAGGUUCACUUUAAUCCCCAUCAUACAUGGGAUAAAAUUCGAUCAAAGAUCCUAUACCUUAAUAUAAUGGAUUUAGACCAUAUACAAAUGAUACAUGCAAUGAUUUAUUUUAAUAAACACCUUGUCAAAUUAAUAGACUUGGAUUUGGACUCAAAUAACACUAAUAUCCUUUCUAAUAGUUAUCACCAUUUCAAUAAUAGAUUUAAUAAACACCAAUAGUUUAUACUCCACUUUAUUUGUAUAAUUCAUAAUUCAUUUCCUAAUCUCCUUACAAGAGUCCAAUAUUAUCACCACAUAUAUGGAUGUAAUAAUAAUAAUAAUUUUAAUAAUAAUAUGAAAUUGAAAUACAAAAUGAAUAAUAAAAAUAAGAAUAGUUUGUAAUAAUAUUAUUAUCAAUUUAGAAUAAUAAAUUAGAAUUUCUCUAAGGAUAAGAUUUAGUUUCUAGAUGGAAAAAUAAGAGAGUCUAAGAAAAAUAGAACUAGUAAGAAUUAAAUAAGAUUAUAGAUCAGUGA